AUGGCGACAGACUCACCCCUUAGUUCACGGACUGAAUUCUUUCAGCAGCUGAAGAAGGUAUGCGUUCCUCUUAGCCAAUUGGCACUACGGCCAAAGGACAAGGCGGUCGACGCCCCCGAGGCCCUUCGGCUAUUGGGUGUCCUCAUCAACCUUUGGACCGUCCAAGCCAACCGGGAUGCCACCAUCUUAGACGACAGGCUGGCCGACUAUGUCUUCUUCCCAGUGUCGCACAUAUUGCGCGACAGGGAUCGUUAUCCCAUGCGUGUCACAGAAUCGGUUAUUCGCCUGCUGAGGGAGCUCAUCCAGCAUGGAUGGAAAGCUAAGGCCUCUCCCCAGCUGUACCAUCAGCUCCUGGUCUUUCUGUCGUUUACUAUCGGCGGUGUUCCUGGCCAGCCACGGCAGCAGGAGAUACCCGAGGAAACGUAUGUCGAGGGUUUUCGUACCUUGGCAGCAUUGAUCCGUAUCACGACACCCGCACAUUUGAAAGAUGGAGAAAAAGGACAAGCAGCCCGAGAACUUGGACACAGUGUCACCGUCAUGAUGGAUGCUCUAACUGAGUUAACAAUUUCAGCCAUCCAAAUGGAGGCAGUGCAAUGCAUCUAUGAGGUUUACAGCACUAUCAAGGAAAUCAGCCUACUUGCUCAGUUCUUUCCCGGCACUGUCUCUGCCUUGACUAAGGUUCUGGCACCUCCACGAGCAAACCAGUAUCAGAAGCGAGUGCUUCUGAAGUGUUUGGAGGUGCUUAAGCUGGUUCUUAUCCGUGUGCUAGGAGACCUCCAUGUGAGAACACUCCUCAAACAGCUGGAGAAUGAGCGGGCAAACGAGAGUAAGCCAGCCGAGUCCAAAUCCAAUCAGAAAGAACUAACUCCCGCAUGGCUCAAGGCCACGGUGGGACAAGUCAAAAUCGCACUGUCAGCCGUGCUCAAACUUCGCGGCCACGAGUCUGAAGAUGUUCAGUCUGGCCUUCACAAGCUGUGUAUUGCCCUCCUUGAUGAGUGUCAUGCGUCACUUGUGGACUGCCAAUCCAUCCUUGUGGAAACAGCCCUGAUGCUGGAGGAUGAGGAGACAACAAAAUCACCACUCGAGACUGGGCUCAAGGACCUGGCUUGCGUCUAUCCGGAGUUGGGUGAUAGUAUCAAGUCAGCGCUUUACAAUUGGAUCACCGGUCUACCGCGGGUCAUGCAGUCCAGUGAUGAACGGGUCAAGCAACUAGCUGCCAGGAGCAUAUUACGGGGCAGCAAAAUGGCAGCAGCUCUGCAGAUGGAUUCUUCUACACUGGAGGACGCCCUUAGUGAUUCCCUUAGGGACAGUAUCGUCACCCUGAUGAAGGGUUCCAAACAGCCGAAAAUCGUGGACGACAUUGGUGAUGUCUCCGACGGCUUGGUUCUGGCGAAAUCUGGGAUGGAGCUCUCUGCUUACUCUCCCAUCCUCCUCGAGUCAGAGGCUGAGAAGCAGACAAGAGAAGAGAUUGCUUCCCUCAUCUCUAAGAUCGGCUCACCGACUCAGCAGGUGAAGCUCGCUAUAUCUAUGUUGGGCUAUGUCAGGGAUGGCGAGGGCGUUGAUCGGGUUGCGUCAUACUGGCUGGCUUUUCAAUUGCUCAAGGCGGCAUACUCCCAAACUUCAGAGCUCGAUGAGAUGUUCGACUUCUCUUCGUUUGGGGAGACUGGCUACCGGGAAGAAGCGUUCCGUGAGCUCUACGACUUCUCGGUAUCCGUACUUGCGGCCCAUUCGGACUCGGUUGAAGCAGACUGGAGGCUCGAGGCAAUCUCCCUCGAGGUGGCAGCAUUUGCUGCUUCCCGGCUAAAAACUGACUUUCGGCCAGAGCUUAUCGAUGUCCUUUACCCUAUUACCACAUUCCUCGGCUCGCCUGUCCCGCAACUUCGCCGACACGCUAUCGUGACAUUAAACUCAGUGGCCGCUUCAUGCGGGUACAGCAGCGUAUCCGACUUAAUUGUAGAUAAUGCCGACUACAUGGUUAAUUCGAUCUCCCUGCGUCUGAACAGCUUCGACAUCACACCGGCGUCGACCAAGGUGCUUACCAUGGUGAUCCGGUUGACAGGUCCACGGCUGAUACCUUAUCUGGACGAUGUUGUACAGUCUAUCUUCGCUGCCCUCGACAACUACCACGGCUACCCGGCCUUUGUGGAGAGCCUCUUCUCGGUACUGGUCGAGGUGGUCAUGCAAGGUGCUAAGUCCAACGCUUUGCUGCUGGAAAACACAAAGACUGUCGACCAUCGGAAGAAACCGCCAUUGUCGUUGGGUGUUCCUGGCAUCUUGGAAACAUUGCAGAAGCGUAUCGAACGAGCUGAGAGAGCGAAGAAAGAAGAGGAAGAGCUCCACAGAGAGAGAGUUCCUCACCCACAAGAACCAUGGGGCAAGGAAAAAGACAAGGGCAAGGAGAAGGAGGCCAAUACGGCUGGAGAACUACUCGACAAGCUUGCUAAAGCGUCCCAGCCCAAGGAUGACGAUGCAAUGGAUGAGGAUAAGGAAGACGAAGAGGAAAGCCAGGACAAGACGGUCGCCACCCGCGAGGAAGAAAAGCAGCCAACUCCCACAUACUCUAUCCUUUCGCGAAUCCUGUCCCUUACACAACACUACCUUACCGCGCCGACACCUACCCUCCGUCGCUCACUUUUGUCCCUCAUCAAAACAGCCAGUUCAGCCCUUGCACCAGAUGAAGAUUCCUUCCUGCCACUUGUGCAUGCUGUUUGGCCUGUAGUGAUUCCGCGACUCCGGGAUUCCGAGCCGUAUGUCGUCGUCGCGGCUUGUGAUGCUCUAGCUGGACUGUGCAGAGCAGCAGGAGAUUUCAUGUCGACCAGGUUCAAGAGUGAGUGGUCUGGCAAGCAGGGUCUGAAGGCAUGGAUUGAGGACGUGAAGACCGCAGCUAUGGGAACAAGGAUGAAGGAAAAGAACCCUGGGGUCAAGAAGGGAAAUGUGCUGUCUGGGGUGACAUGGGAUAUCAUGAUCCCUACUGGUAAUGGGAACGGUGAUAGCGAAGGAAAGCUCGUCAAGUCGACGCCUAGUGGCAGCCUAGGGAAGUACUCUCUGGCUUCAGUCCAGUGGGAUGCCGUGCUGAACUUCCUGACUGCCUUGGUCGGACAUGUGCGGCUGGACGACAACAUGUUCGAUGAUAUCCUUGUUCUGGUUGUCGAUGUGCUGCCGCAGAGACCGGAGCUCCGUGAGGCGCUGGAGGCUGUUAACGCAGACGCAGUGUGGUUGGUGAUGUAUGAAAAGGGAUUGACCCCUGUGCUAGAGGUACCUACGGUCCCCGAAGAGUUAGAGGGGUUUGCGUUUGCGCCGUUGCCCCUGACGGGGGCCCAGAGGAAAGGGGAAGUGAAGAUUGGUAGUUUGAGUAGACAGUGA